CUUUACAGUUUGCCUUUAAACUUUCCCAAGCACAUUUGAGAACCUCUUCAUCUCUUUUUAUUAAUAAACAUGCACACGUUAGUAUUCCCUCAACCGGUUUCGGUCCCUUUGAUCCUCCCACGACGAUUUUCUCUUCCUAAUCACUGCCGCAGUCAAAAGGAUGGCUCUUGCCACUCGUACUGGCCAGCAGAAGAAAGGACGUGGACGCAAAAAUAUAUCUAUCUUGGUGGGGAUGGGAAUAUUAAAAACCAUAAUAAUGAUAGUUACUUUUAUUACACAACCAGCAAUAACAGUAACCCCUCCCCAGCAUCGCAAUAUCCAGGUAUGGUAUCUGGAUCACCAUCACCCUCGUCAACGCCACCAUUAUCACCAUCAUCCUUUGGACCUUCACCAUCACAGACUAGUCACCGUAAUCGCUAUCGUCGCCACUCACUUGGCUCGAGCUCCUCUUGGAUGAUUGCCCCACCCCGGCAUGCAUUACAUAUGCCGGUGAUGAAAAUCAAGCCCGAGAUCUUACGGAAUGAAAGGCAUCAACGUGAGAUCCGCCGACUUUUGCGUGAUGGGCGCGAGGAAGCGGUGAUGCGGAGGCGAAAUAUCCAAAAUUUCAUGGAUACUAGUGAGGACGAGGAUGAAGACACCAUGGAGAUGUCGGGCAUCAUGCCGACGAUAGACUUUGGUGGCUUCAGAGCAAAAGAAAGGCGUGAGAAG